UUCGCCAUGAGCCUCGAAGAGACUGUUGCUGCUGUGCACAGCAAGAUCAACAGGGAGAAGGCCCUAAUCAAUGCCGCCAAUGCCAUGCGCCAGUCGACAAACAAUCCCGCCGUUCUCUCACGACUCGAUGGCCAGAUCCGCGAUGGCCGCCGCAACAUUGAGUACUUCGAGUCCAAACUGCGCGACAUUGCCAUGCAGCAAACACAGUCCAGCAUGGACAACAUGAGCCUGCAGCCCGGCAACAAGGCCAACAACCCUCUCACCCCUCCCCCCAAGGAUGGUUGGGAUCCCUACGCUGGCCCGGAUCAAGGUGGUUAUGGAGACCCUCAGGCAGGCCAUGGUAACCCGAGCGGUGGUCGAGGCCUGAUGCCCCCGCGAGCCCCGUUUGCACCCCCAGGCCCGGGCGAUAAACAAGCAAAACGUGCAAAUUACAGCAAACUCGAUUUGAUCAAAGAUAAUACCCCGCAUCUCGGACCCCGCAUCCAGCUUAUGCUGUCGCAGCUCGAAUUCAAGCUCAGUGUGGAGAAGCAAUACAAGGAUGGAAUCGAGAAGAUGGUCCGCCUAUACCAAAUGGAGGGUGAUCGCAAGAGCAAGGCAGACGCCGAGGCUAAGCGCAUCGAGAGUAACCAAAAGAUCCAGCUCCUUAAGCAGUCAUUGAAGCGCUACGAGGACCUCCACGUGGAUAUUGAUACCUCGGACGACCGCGAUGAUGAUAGUUUGAGCGUGCCAAGCCAAAGGAAACCUCUCAGUGGUCACUUGUCCUUGCGUGUCCACGCCGUGGCCGAUGUCGACCAUGCUGCGACAGGCCGAUUCAGUCGAGGUCCCGAGACCUUUGUUAAUAUUAAAGUGGAAGACAGCAUCAAAGGACGCACUAAGCCUACCAGGAACGACCGAUGGCUCGACGAGAUCCACGAAUUUGACAUUGACAAGGCAAACGAGAUUGAGAUCACCGUCUAUGACAAGACCAACGAUAAUCCACUUCCAAUAGGCAUGUUCUGGGUCCGGAUCUCGGAUAUCGCCGAAGAAAUGCGUCGUAAAAAAGUCGAAAGCGAGCUUCAGAAUUCUGGUUGGGUCUCAGCUGAUAGAAUGGGUGGUGACGGCGGACCACAGCCCGACAUCCAAUUCCAACCACCUCCAGGCCAGAAUUUUGCAGCCAGCGCCAGCGGCCCUGGUGGAGGUAUGAGACCUCCUGGUCCCGGUGGCAUGGGAGCCGCGCAGCCACAAUCAGGGCCCGUCUUCAUUGACGAUUGGUUUUCUCUGGAGCCUGUUGGGCGUAUACAUUUGACAAUGGCAUUCGUCAAACAUGCCAGGAACAAGCAGCCCUUUGACGCCGGUCUUGGGCGAAAAGGCGCCAUCCGCCAGCGCAAGGAGGAGAUCGUGGAGCAGUAUGGACACAAGUUCAUGCAGCAACAGUUCUACAACAUCAUGCGUUGUGCUCUCUGUGGAGAGUUUCUCAAGUACGCCGCUGGUAUGCAGUGCUCAGACUGCAAGUACACAUGUCAUAAGAAGUGCUAUCCCAAGGUGGUUACCAAGUGCAUCACGCAGUCCAACGCAGAGACGGAUCCGGACGAAGCCAAGCUGAACCAUCGCAUCCCUCAUCGUUUCACCAACUACAACAACAUGGGUGCCAACUGGUGCUGCCACUGUGGUUAUAUACUGCCACUUGGUCGUAAACAGAGCCAAAAAUGUGCAGAAUGUGGCUUGUUCUGCCACGCUGGAUGUGUUCACUUUGUCCCCGACUUCUGCGGCAUGUCGAUGGAGACUGCUAAUCAUAUUCUGAUGGAGAUCAAGAAAACCAACAGAGGAAAAUCGGCUUCUGGUCCCAGCAUGACUGAAGCUACGCUUAGGAAGCCAAAAGGACCAUCCAAACCCUCUUCCACUGCUCCAUCAGGAUCCUCCUCAUACCCGGCGUCGGCGAGCUCAGGUGCACCUAGCCAGCCUGAGCUGUACUCCCAACACUCUUCGAACCCGACUCCUACUUCACCGACUUCUCAACGACCCCCCUCCGGUCCGCGCGCGCAGUCACACCAGAACCCAUCUGGAGCAGCAGCAGGAGCAGCAGGAGCGGCGGCAGCGGCGGCCAUGAAGGCUACGUCUCCCGGGUACAACCGUUCACAGAGCGACUACCCUCCUUCAGGGCAGCAACGCACAUCGGGCAGUGGUUACCCUCAAGACCAGCGUGUACCCCAACAGCAGCAGGCACCCCCACAAGUGGGUUAUAAUCCCCAAGACUACGCGAACAUCCCCACGCACCCUCACCAGGCUCAGCAGAGCCCUUACCACCAGCAGCAGCCGCCAAGCAAAUCUUACCCCCUUCCUCAGAUUCCGGCCACAUCCCCAACACAACCACAACAUCAGCCGCAGGCACAGGCACAGCCUCAACCUCCACCGCAUCAGGCCGAGAUGAAGCAGCAGCAGCCACCCCCGUCACAGUCACAGGCCCCAGCGCCUACAUCUGCUUUGACAAAGGCGCCAGCGGAUAAGGUAACCCCUUCAGCCAACACCCAAGGGACCGGAAGGAGGAUCGGCUUGGACCAUUUCAAUUUCCUUGCCGUACUAGGCAAAGGUAAUUUCGGUAAGGUCAUGUUGGCUGAAACGAAAAGCUCCAAGCAGCUUUAUGCGAUCAAGGUGUUGAAGAAGGAGUUCAUCAUCGAAAAUGAUGAAGUGGAGAGCACUCGGUCCGAGAAGCGGGUGUUCCUGAUCGCCAACAAGGAACGCCACCCCUUCCUGCUCAAUCUCCAUGCUUGUUUCCAGACGGAAACCAGAGUGUACUUCGUCAUGGAAUACAUCAGUGGUGGAGACUUGAUGUUGCACAUUCAGCGAGGCCAGUUCGGGACUAAACGAGCCCAAUUUUAUGCCGCGGAGGUGUGCCUUGCGUUAAAGUAUUUCCAUGAGAACGGCGUCAUCUACCGAGAUUUGAAACUUGACAACAUUCUCCUUACACUGGACGGACAUAUCAAGAUUGCUGAUUACGGUUUGUGCAAAGAGGAGAUGUGGUAUGGUUCGACUACAAGCACUUUCUGUGGUACUCCUGAAUUCAUGGCCCCAGAGAUUCUUCUCGACAAGAAGUACGGUCGAGCGGUAGAUUGGUGGGCUUUUGGUGUUUUGAUUUACCAGAUGCUGCUGCAGCAAUCGCCAUUCCGUGGAGAAGACGAAGACGAGAUUUACGAUGCCAUCCUCGCUGAUGAGCCCUUGUACCCGAUUCACAUGCCUCGAGAUAGCGUCUCUAUCCUCCAGAAACUUCUUACGCGCGAGCCCGAGCUGCGAUUGGGAUCUGGACCUACCGACGCGCAGGAAAUCAUGAGUCACGCCUUCUUCAGGAACAUCAACUGGGACGACGUCUACCACAAGAGGAUUCCGGCGCCCUUCAUUCCGCAGAUCACGAGCGCAACGGAUACCAGCAAUUUCGAUACCGAGUUCACAAGCGUCACACCCGUCUUGACCCCUGUACAGUCUGUUCUUUCGCAAGCUAUGCAAGAAGAGUUCCGCGGUUUCUCCUACUCGGCCGAUUUCGCAUGAAGAAAAUUCGAA